UAGGUGAAGUAAUCUAAGUACGAUAAGCGUAGUUAUAAUUUUCAAAGCAUGGAUAACGCUUCUGAUUGGCUGAAAACCCUCCACCUCCACCUCCACCGCCGCAUAAAAAUAUGAAUGGGAAAUGAAAAACUCCUCCGCUGAUACACCCCGCUGCGACUGGGAUUUCAAACUCUCCGCCGUCAUCUCCUCCUCCUCCCCCUCCUCCGACGCCAUCGGCGUCCUCGAGUUCGACCCCACCAACUCCCUCCUCGCCACCGGCGGAAUCGCCCGCAAAAUCAGAAUCUACACCGCCGCAAACCUAAAAGAGGGAUGCGACUACUGCAUUUACACACCGGCCAAACUCAGCAGCCUCAAGUGGAAGCCGGGCUCCGGAUCCCGCCUCCUCGGAUCCGGAGACUACGACGGCGUCGUCAUGGAGUACGACCUCGAGAGGCGCCUCCCCGUCUUCGAGCGCGACGAGCACGGCGGGAGGCGCGUCUGGAGCAUCGACUACUCCGCCGCGGACCCCGCCCUCGGCGCGUCCGCCUCAGACGACGGGACCAUGCAAAUGUGGGACACGCGCUGCGAUGCGGGGACAUCCGUGGCCACGGUCCGGCCCGACCGGGCGGGUUUCAGCCCGGUCUGCUGCGUGGAGUUCGACCCGCUCGGCGGUCCGACCGUGGCCCUGGGAUGCGCGGACAGGAGAAUAUACGGGUACGAUGCGCGGAGGGCGGCCGAGCCGGUUUUCGUAUUGGAGGGGCACGAGAAGGCCGUGAGCUACGCGAGGUUUAUGGAUUCGGAGACGAUAGUUUCUUCUUCCAUCGACGGGAGCUUGAUGACGUGGCAUGUGGAGGAUCGUCGGCUUAUUCGGAGGUAUAGAGGACACGUCAACAGCCGGAGGUUUGUGGGAUUAUCGGUGUGGAGAGGAGGCGGUGGGUUGCUGAGCUGUGGCUCGGAGAAUAACCGUGUUUUUGUCUACGAUAGCAGGUGGGGAGACCCGAUCUGGGCAUGCGGGUUUGACACGGCGCCGCAGCAGAAUGAGGGUUUCGUCAGCAGCGUGUGCUGGCGGCAGACGGCUGGGGACUGCUGCACGCUGGUGGCGGGUGGAUCCGAUGGGGUGUUGAAGGUGUUUGAAGGUCGACCAAGGGAUUGAUUGAUUGAUUAACUGCAACUUUUAUUUUUUGAGGGGAUUGAGUUAUGGCUUAAUCUUGCCUUUUCUUAGCAAAUUAAAGCGUAUAUUCAAAUAGAGUUGAUUUCAAUCCAUAUGAUAUGAGUGACAAUAUAUCAAUGCAACCUUGCUCUGUUCAUUCUUAA